UGGGGGAGGAGUCAUCUAUGUUGAUUUGUCAUACUCUAGUCUACUCGCACUACCUAACAGUCGAAAUGGAGAAAAGUGUAUCAAAUGUCGUAGUUUGUAAUUUAGCUUAUGCUGGAAAUUUUGAAGAACUUAAAACACGUAUUUUGUCUGACAACCUGCUAGCUACGAAAACAGACCAGGACAACAGAACUGCCCUGCACUGGGCCUGUUCCGCUGGACAUUUGGAAAUAGUGCAGUUUCUGUUGGAUCUUGGAGUUGAUGUGGAUCCCCAAGAUGAUGCAUGUUGGACACCUCUUCAUAUAGCAUCAUCUGCUGGAAGAGAAGAAAUUGUCAGAUCCUUAAUAUCCAAAGGAGCUCAGUUAAACUCUGUGAACCAAAAUGGUUGUACCCCACUGCACUAUGCCGCAUCUAAAGACAGAUAUGAAAUAGCCCAGAUUUUGCUUGAAAAUGGUGCAGAUCCUAAUGCAACAGACAAGCUGCAAUCCACACCUUUACACCGAGCAUCUUCCAAGGGCAACUAUCGUCUCAUUCAGCUUCUUUUAAAGCAGUGCGCUUCUACCAACAUACAAGACUCUGAAGGAAACACACCACUUCACCUUGCAUGUGAUGAAGAGCGAACAGAGGCGGCAAAACUUCUUGUGGAACAUGGUGCCAGUAUCUAUAUUGAGAACAAGGAAGAGAAGACACCUCUACAAGUAGCUAAAGGUGGUCUGGCAACUCUGUUAAGACGAAUUGUAGAGGGCUGACGGACUUUCAACAAAGAGAUGCACUUACAGCUUUUUAUUAAGCUGCUGUUUUACUUUGAUGAGUACUUAAUGUGAACAAGUAAAGCAAAACAUCUGCUUUUUUGAUGCAAGUUUCUUAAAGAGGAAAUUGAUGUUUUAGUCAGUGUUUUCUCUUUUGCAGAUUUUCUCACAGUUUGGUCACUUAGCGCUUAAUUUCUAACUUUUGUAUUUUUUGUUCUCCUGUGUGAGGUCAAAACACCAUAGUGUUGUUUUUCAUUCUAUUGCUUGUUUUCUAACAGGGAUAAUAAAUGAUACCGAAAUACA